AUGUCUCAUCCACGCAUAGAAGAAGUGUCCGACUCGGACCCCGACAUGGUCUCCGACCCCGAGGAGAUGGACCUCGACGACUUCGCCGAGACCGACAUCAUGCGCCGCAUUGACACGAAGCCCUCUGCCGACUCGGACUCCGACGAAGAUGACGACGACGACCCUGCCUCCUCCUCCACCAAGCCAUCACAGCUCGACGCCAUUGCCCGCGCCCAAGCCCAGCAGCAGGCGAUGCUCAACCCGCCCACCAUCAAGCCCACACAAGACGACCGCGCCGUCUACGCCAAGUUCCAGUGCUUGUACCCCGUGUACUUUGACGCCUCCCGUUCACGAGCCGAGGGCCGCCGCGUAUCGUCCGGCCUGGCUGUCAAGAACCCGCUCGCCCGCGAGAUUGCCAACGCAUGCUCGCGGCUGCGUCUGCAGACGGUGCUCGAGCCCGAGAAGACGCACCCCAAGGACUGGUCCAACCCGGGCCGCGUCAAGGUUAACCUGCGCGGGGCCUCGGGCAACGCCAUCACCAACAAGCACCACCUGUACCUGCUUAUCGCGAAGCAUCUUGCCGAGAACCCGACCACGGACAAGAGCCAGGGCCUGCGUGUGCGCAUGGGCGGCCAGAUCCAUCCGCCAGAGGGCGAGCCGUACCCGAAGCCCGCGGUGCCGCGGGGCUGGAAGAUGAACGAGUACGUACCGUAUCUGAGUGCGGCCAUGACAGGUGGCGGCGUCUCGGAGAACUUGUUCAAGGAUAUCAUGGGCGCUAUGCAGGGCGGUGGCGAUCCCAUGGCUGCCUUGAUGGCUGCACAGCAGGGCGGAGGUCUUCCUGGUGCUGGAGGACCGGCUCCGGCAGCAUUAGAUGACGGCAAGAAGAAGAAGGAUAAGAAGAAGAAAUAA